AUGGCUGAAGAACAAAAACCAGUGAACGCAGAAGAUUUCAAACAGCUUAAAGAAAGAAUGAAACUAAUUGCUGAUGCUGAUCCAGCGCAAUAUCAUAAUGAUUAUUCAUUAAAACGAUACUUAAGGGCGUUUAAAACAGUUGAUAGUGCUUUUCAAGCAAUAUUAAAAACCAACAAAUGGAGAACAGAAUAUGGUGUUACAGAGCUCCAUGAAAAUAAAGAAAUUAUCGAAAAAUAUAGCAAUAAAGCAAGAGUACUUAGACACAGAGAUAUGGUGGGAAGACCAAUUAUCUAUAUACCAGCUAAGAACCACAGUUCUAGCGACAGAGAUAUUGAUGACUUGACAAAAUUUAUUGUACAUUGUUUAGAGGAUGCUAGCAAGAAGUGUUUUGAAGAAGUUGUAGAUAAUCUAUGUAUAGUGUUUGAUUUGAAUAAUUUUACACUUUCGUGUAUGGACUACCAAGUGCUGAAGAAUCUUAUUUGGCUGCUGAGUAGACACUAUCCGGAACGACUCGGUGUUUGUCUUAUAAUUAAUGCACCAACAUUCUUCUCUGGCUGCUGGGCAGUUAUUAAAGGAUGGCUAGAUGAAAAUACAGCGAGUAAAGUAACAUUUGUAAAUUCUGAAAUGGAUUUAUGUCAGUACCUGAUACCAGAUAUCUUGCCCACCAAUAUGUAA